AUGUCUGAGUUAUAUUAUGCUGAUACUGAAGGUCCAAUUGUUGUAUUAUCUGCAACUAAACAUUUCAAUCAAUUAUCAACUCAAAAUUCAAAAUUGUAUGCUCAUUAUUUAUCAAGGGCAAGUUUUAAUGGUUCAAGAGCUGUUUUAAGAAGUGUUUCACCUGAAUCAGAAUCAAUUUAUGAUUUAAUAUUAUCUAUUCAUAAAGCAUUAAAUGAACCAAAAUCAAAUGAGGAAUACUAUGAUGCUUUAAAAGGUUUAGAUGAGAAAAAUGUGUUGUAUUAUCUCGAAUAUGCUGCUCAGUUUUUAGAUAAUUUGGGAAAUUAUAAAUCUUUUGGUGAUAAAAAAUUUAUCCCACGUAUUAAACAAACUGAUUUUGAUAAAUUAAUUGAAAUUGUUAACAAUGAUGAAGUUAAAGGGUUGUACGAAAAGGUUAGAUCUAAUUUGUAUUCUCUUGAUAAAGUUAUUUUAGGAUAUCCUGAAAAUGGGCACUUAACAAAUUAUUAUCCAAAUAGUGAAAAUAUAACUAAAGUCGAAAUUGAUUCAAUUAAUAAAACAUUAGCUGAUAAUGGAAUCAUGCCAGAAAAUACAAGAGUUGAAAAAGUUUCAGAUUCUGAAUUUAUUGUCCAUGUUGCUUCAUCAGAAACUAGUAACACAACUACAUAUUACAAAGAAGAUAUUGUAACUCCAGAAGGAGCUAAAAUCACUUUCAAGUUUGGUGAUCAUUUUGCUGAAUUUACUAAAAUUGUAGACAAUAUGACUAAAGCUUUAAAACACGUUGCUAAUCCAACUCAAGAAAAAUUAAUUAGUUAUUAUAUUGAAUCAUUUAAAACAGGUUCAAUGAAUGCUCAUAAACAAUCUCAAAUUGAAUGGGUUAAAGAUUUAAAACCUGAGGUUGAAAGUAAUAUUGGUUUCAUUGAAACUUAUAGAGAUCCAGCUGGUGUUAGAGGAGAAUGGGAAGGUCUAGUAGCAAUGGUCAAUCAUGAAAGAACAAAGAAAUUCUCUACUUUAGUUGAUAAUGCAUCAACAUUCAUUAAAGAAUUACCAUGGGAUAAAAUAUAUGAAAAAGAUACAUUUACACCUCCAGAUUUCACAUCAUUGGAAGUUUUAUCAUUUGCGGGAUCUGGUAUACCAGCAGGUAUAAACAUACCAAAUUAUGAUGAUGUAAGAUUAAAUUAUGGAUUUAAAAAUGUGUCAUUAGGUAAUGUCCUUUCAGCAAAUCCAAAAAAACCAAAAAAGGAAGAAGUAAUUACAUUUAUUGAUGAGAAUUUACAAGAAUUAUUUAAAAAAUGGAGAGAUGAUUCAUUUGAAGUCCAAGUUGGAUUACAUGAAUUAUUAGGACACGGAUCUGGAAAAUUAUUACAAGAAACGGAACCAAACAAAUUUAAUUUUGAAAACAAUGGAGAUAUUAAAUCUUGGUAUAAACCUAAUGAAACAUGGAGUUCUGUUUUUGGAAUGACUGCUGGUUCAUAUGAAGAAUGCAGGGCAGAAUUAGUUGCUUUAUAUUUAAUAUUAAAAAAACCGUUAGAAGUAUUGCUUAUUUUCGAUAUUACAACUAAACAAGAUCAAGAAGAUGUUAAAUUUAUCGCAUCUUUGUUAAUGAUUAGAGCCGGUUUAUUAGCUUUAGAAUUUUGGGAUCCAAAUUCCAAGAAAUGGGGUCAGGCUCAUAUGCAAGCUAGAUUUGGAAUAAUGAAACAAUUACAUCAAGCUAAUGUUUUUAAUUUUGAAUAUACUAAGGAAGAUUAUUCUGAUCUUAAGAUUGUUAUAGAUAGUGUUAAAUUGAAUGAUGGUACUGCUGUUAAUGCACUUGGUGAAAUGUUACAUAAUUUACAUGUUUAUAAAUCUACUGGUAAUAAAGAAGAGGGUAUUAAGUAUUACUUGAAUAAGACUAAUGUUGAUGAUGAGUAUAAAAAGUUUAGAGAUGUUGUAUUAAAAGAAAAGAAACCAAGAAGAAAAAUUAUUCAAUGUAAUACUAUAAUUAAUGAUUCUGGUGAUGUUGAAAUUAUUGAAUAUGAUGAGAGUGAAGUUGGUAUGAUUCAAAGUUAUUAUGAUAGAAAUGUCUAG